UUUAUUUAUUAUUAAAAAUGUCAUGGUUUUAUCAAUUUGGCAGAAUAGAAGGUUUUCCUACGAUUUAUAAAAGUAAUAAAACGUGGGUGUCUAUUGAUAUUGUCGAAACGAGUAUUACUUUUAUUUUUAUUGUUCUUGCUGUUAGCUGUUUACUUAUAAUACCGGGUUAUACAAAAACUAAAAGUAUUUACACGACUGUGAAAGCUUUUUUCAGCAUUUUUAUUGGGGUAAUAAUAUUGGUUGGAAAUUACGGACAAGAAUGGGAAGUCGGUUUCGUAGAAUCAAUGACAGCAUAUCGCGCGGGUGAACCAAGUGAAAUUUUAGCGCAAAUAGGAAUAAAAAUUGGACUACGUUCAGUAAAUAUCACUUUACAGGGUCAGGCUCAAAAAGAUUCUGUGCUUGAAAAAGAAGUAAUUAAUUAUAACGAACGAUUUUUAUGGACUUGGGACCAAGGACGGUUUGGGUUCGGGCCAAAUGCUGGACUUUUACAAAAAAGCCUGAGAGAAGCACAGAAAAAGGGGCUACCAUUGCCAAUUACCUGGAUCGUGGAUCAUUUAGCAAUUGAUGGAGAAGGUAUAAGAUUUGGUAGAUAUUAUCGAACAGCAGGAUGGUACGCUCACAUUGCUCUCUGGACAGCAUUCCCUGUGUGGAUACUUGCUAAUAUAUUUUUACAUUCAGUCCCGAGAUACGCUGCUUACUGCACUGGAUUGAUUGGAGCUCUUAAAAUAUUGAGUUGUGUUAUUUGGUUGUUUGUAAGAAAUCCAAAUCCGUUGGUGAUAAUAUUCGAAAGUGAUGUCAUUACUACUUCUUUUGGUUCUACUUUUUGGCUGACGUUGAGUGGAGGAUUGCUGUGCUUUGUAUUGGCAUCUGUUCUUAUUAUUCUGGAUCUAAGAUAUCCAAAUGCUCUGGCGGUAUUUUUGGGUAUUGAUAUUUUAGAUCAAUACGAUGAGUAUUUUAUUCGAGAAUUCGAGUUAGAGUAUAGAAGAAAAAAAAACAAUAAAGAUGAAUCGAUGGAGUUAGGAAAAAUGUCUGAGCAGAUAUCAAAAGAUCAUUUCGACGUGAUGCUUCAACUGAAACGUCGCUCGACAGUUGAACGUGUCCAAAAAAAAUUAGUCCGCCUUUCUCCCAUGCCAAUAAAAGUCGAAAACAUAUAUGACGAUACUGCUACACAAGUGACUUACGCUAAUCAAGAGUCAUUAUCAUUACCCGGACCAUCGAUUCAACAAACAGACCAAUUAAAUUUAAAACCACCACUUCCAAGAAGGAAACGAAAGUAAUGUCAAAAAAUUAUUCAAAUAUUUUGC